AAGUGGGCACUGUGUGGGGACCCUGGCGAAGGGGUGCUCUGGAGUCCCUGGGGACCAGGCAGGGAGAGGGGCCAGCAGGAUGAUAACCGGCUUGGCAGCAAGGAGGGGAGCCCUCACCCCAUGGGCAGAAUCUUGGAAUCACAGAACAGCAGAAUAUCGGAGCUGGAAGAAACCAGAUGCAUCACGGCGUUGGCCUCCUCGGCUCACGUGCCAGCUUGCCUGAGCUCCCUCUGUGCUGGGCACUCUGCUCGGCACACUCCCAUUAAUCCUUUGAACAGCCCUGGGAGGCCAGUAGCUGACUGCUGACCGCCCUCCUCUCAGCCAUGGACACCCCCAGUUAUCCUCCAUCGGUGCCCAUGACCUCGGAACCUGGGAACACCUCCUCAGCCUGGCCCCUGGAUGUCACCCUGGGAAAUGUGUCCUCAGACCCGAGCACGACAGGGCUCGCCAUCAGCGGUGUUCUGAUCCCACUGGUCUACCUGGUGGUGUGUGUGGUGGGCCUGCUGGGCAACUCACUGGUCAUCUACGUGGUCCUGCGGCAUACGGCCAGCCCGUCGGUCACUAACGUCUAUAUCCUCAACCUGGCGCUGGCUGACGAGCUCUUCAUGCUGGGGCUGCCUUUCCUGGCUGCCCAGAAUGCCCUGUCCUACUGGCCCUUCGGCUCCCUCAUGUGCCGCCUGGUCAUGGCCGUGGACGGCAUCAACCAGUUCACCAGCAUCUUCUGCCUCACCGUCAUGAGCGUGGACCGCUACCUGGCGGUGGUGCAUCCCACUCGCUCGGCCCGCUGGCGCACGGCGCCCGUGGCCCGCACGGUCAGUGUGGCCGUCUGGGUGGCCUCAGCCGUGGUGGUGCUGCCCGUGGUGGUCUUCUCGGGUGUGCCCCGUGGCAUGAGCACCUGCCACAUGCAAUGGCCGGAGCCGGCGGCGGCCUGGCGAGCUGGCUUCAUCAUCUACACGGCUGCGCUGGGCUUCUUCGGGCCGCUGCUGGUCAUCUGCCUCUGCUACCUGCUCAUCGUGGUCAAAGUGCGCUCGGCGGGGCGGCGGGUGCGGGCGCCCUCGUGCCAGCGGCGGUGCUCCGAGCGCAGGGUCACACGCAUGGUGGUGGCCGUGGUGGCGCUCUUCGUCCUCUGCUGGAUGCCCUUCUACGUGCUCAACAUCAUCAACGUGGUGUGCCCGCUGCCCGAGGAGCCAGCCUUCUUCGGCCUCUACUUCCUGGUGGUGGCGCUGCCCUAUGCCAACAGCUGCGCCAACCCCAUCCUCUACGGCUUCCUCUCCUACCGCUUCAAGCAGGGCUUCCGCAGGGUCCUGCUGCGGCCCUCCCGCCGUGUGCGCAGCCAGGAGCCCCCGGAGGGGCCUCCGGAGAAGACGGAGGAGGAGGAAGAGGAUGGGCAGAAGGACGGGGAGGAGGGGGCAGGGAAGCAAGGUCAGAGGAAAGAGAAGGACCGGGUCAGCCGGAUCACACAGCCGGGCACCAGCGGGCAGGAGCGGCCGCCCAGCAGCACGGCCGGCAAGGAGCAGCUGUUCCUACCCCAAGAGCCCUCAGCUGGAGAGAAGUCAGGCACACUGCACAUCAGCUAUCUGUAGGGGCCUGCAAGCACCAGGGUGGCCUGAGCACCGGGUGGAGGCUGUGGGUGCGCCUAGGGCCUGCCGCCUGAGGUGCCAGGGGCCCGUGAUGGGAUGUCCGGACGCCUGGGCUCUGAUCCCAGUGCUGCUGGGACUCGCUGUGUGACCUUGGAUGGGUCAGCGUCCCCUCUCUGGGCCUCGUGUUGUCCUCUGUGACUCAGGGAUGGGAGUAUUCAGCCUGGAUGAGCUCUGUCAGAUGGGAAGUCUGGAGGACGUCAGUGUGGGGCUGAUCCUCCUGAACCAGGCCCAGGUGGAGGGGACAGGUGCAGACUGGCCUUUCGCUCAGAGACAGAGCAUCCUGGGGCAGCAGCCUGGGUCUUGGCCCAGAGGGAUAAGCCAAGGCCUGGAUUUCCUGGGCUGAGUCAGGUUCCCAGGAGAGGGACGGGGGCCCCAGGUUCACAGGCAGCUGGACUGGGGCCCCAAAGAGAAGUCCUACCUAGUAGGAGGAGGGUUUGAGACUGCCCAGGGCCUGUGUCGGCUCUCCCUACGUGCUGCAAGGGCUCUCCCCUCGGGACCUCAGGCCUCACCCGCUGAACAACCCAAUGACCUCCAGGCCCUCCGGCCCAGACAGUCGGUGCCAGGGCUCCUGUGCGCCUGGACACGAGGAGACAGGCAGAUUAUCCGGGAAGCUAAUUAAGUCCAGCUUCAGGGUCCCCUACUGCUUGGGCCCUUCUGAGGUCCUGCAUCUAAUCUUGUACUUGUAAUUUUAAGAGGGACCCCAAAUUGCAUAAGCUUAGGCCCCACAAAACCUAGCUUAGCCUCUGUUGAGGGCAGCUGACCAAUCCCCAGACCAGCUCACUUUGUGUCCUGUGGCUGUAGGAGGGCAUCUCAGGAUCUCUGAGACCUCCAGGAGCCCCCUCAUAGGAGGAAGCAUCCUUGUUCCUCCCCUCCCAGUGCCCAAGGCAUGGACCCAGCCCAGGCAGACGGGCCUGG